UCAUCUUUGGAUCUAAUGACAAGAGACAGGAGUCUUUCGAAACAUCUUUCUUUCCAAAAGUGUCACACUGUCGUAGUUGUUGUACCCUAUGAGGUUGUUGUUCAACAACUGGCAACAGACACAGUGAGUUCUGGAACUUCUAUAGGUAUUGGAGGUGGUCUUUUCUCCUGUGGAAGCUAUGCACAGAUAGCACUUGUAUGUUUGAUGGUGGAAGAAGAAAAGUACCACAUUGGAGUUAAAUGGCUUCGGGAGUUGUUGUACCAAACACAGUUUACUGCUGAACGAGUUUGUGUACAAGCAAAUAAGAUGGUGAAUGAAGUUGCUGAACAGAAACGUAGAGGAUCCAAAAUUGCAAGUACAGCAAUGACAAACAUUUGUUUCACUAGCCAGAGUAACCAGUGGACAACCAGUAUGAUCCGACAGUGCAACUUCUUAAAAAACAUCCUUGAAAACAUUAAGACCAAUCCUCAAUUGGUAACAUACAAUAUAGAUAACCCUUUUGUUUUGUAUAACAGUAAUGUUUAGAAGAUAAUGUAGAUUAUA